UUAAACAUAACAAUAAACCCAAAUUUGUGCAAGGGUUUUCCUACGUCUCUUGCAACGAACGUUCUGUUCUGCUGUUGUUGUGUUUUUGCGUUUGGAAGAAGAGAGAGAAACAGAAACAGAAACAGAAACAGAAACAGAAAGAAAAUGGGAGAUUCCGCUGAGCGUAAAAGCGGGGUUAAGGAGGAAAAAACGAGCGAUUGCAGCAGCAGCAGCAACAGAAAGGGGAAUAAAUUUUACGAUAUCUAUGGACCAGAUGCCAGAGCGGAAGUUGUUUACAAGACGCCGCCAGAAACGAGCUCAACUUUGAAUCUGCAAGACGUUCAAGGACUUGUAACUUGGGUGCUUUCUGAAGGAUUCAUGCCUUCUUGGGUGUUUAUCAAGAACAAACCUCUGAUUCCAAAAGUGGUUAUGCUUUAUGUACCUGGCCUGGAUGCAGCUUUAUACAUAUCACAGUCUAAGUUGCUUGCUGGCUUUAAAGAGUGCUGUGGGAACCCAAUGCCACUUUUAUCUCUUAGCUGUGUUUCCGAUGGAAUGCAGACAGUAGAUGCGCUUCUAACAUGCAAGAUGAAAAGAAAGAGAAAUGAAGUUGAUUCAGUUUCAAGGAAAUCUUUCCUGACUUCUGAACAAGAAAGAAACAAUUCUAGCAUGGGAAAUAUAUCAUCAGCAGGACUCAUGAAAGAUUUACCUUUCCCACUAUCAUAUUAUACACUUACAGCUAAAGAAUUGGAAGACAAUGGAUAUUGCAUCAAUCAACCAGGUUUUGUUUCUACUGUUUCUGCACCUUCAGGUUGUGGUCCCUAUGAUAUACUGGCACUUGACUGUGAAAUGUGUAUCACAAACGAGGGUUUUGAGCUAACAAGAGUAACCCUGGUGGAUAUUGAAGGACAGGUGGUGUUGGAUAAAUUGGUUAAACCCUCAAAUGAUAUUGUUGAUUACAAUACCAGGUUUAGUGGGAUUACAUAUGAGAUGUUGAAUGGGGUAACCACAAGUCUUAAAGACAUUCAGGAAGACUUUCUAAAGCUGGUUUACAAAGAGACCAUCCUGGUUGGGCAUUCCCUGGAGAAUGAUUUGUUAGCUCUAAAGAUCUCUCAUGAAGUGGUGAUUGAUACUGCACUAUUAUACAAACAUCCCCGGGGUGGAAAUUAUAAAUCUGCUCUUCGAGUUCUUUCAAAGAGAUUUCUUUCUAAGGAGAUACAGCAGUCAGGGGCUGGGCAUGACAGCAUUGAAGAUGCAAGAGCUACUAUGGAACUGGCACUAUUAAAGAUAAGAAAUGGACCUGAUUUUGGGUCUCCCCCAUCAUUUGUGCGGAGAAAGCUCCUUACAGUUUUGAGUGAGUGUGGUAAAACCUCCUCAUUCAUUGAUGAUAUUUCCAUAGUAAAGCGGUAUGCAUCUGGUUCAUCCCAUUCAUUUCCUGUGUCUUCCGAUGAGGAAGCACUUUUGAAAGCUAGAAAGGAGGUUAAGAAUGGUGGAGUACACUUUGUCUGGGCCCAAUUUUCAGAGUUGAAUUCCUAUUUCAAGAAACAAGCAGAGGAUGAAGGGAAGUUAAAUGGAAAACUUGCAGAGAUGAUAUCAUUACUUACAUGUGAAAAGAAGUCAACCAACACAAAAGGCAUGAAAUGCAAUAUGACACCCCAACUAAAGGAAAUUCUUACUAGUAUGGAUGCUAGGGUUCGUUGCCUCUACUCCACGCUACCAACUAAUACCAUGCUUAUAAUUUGCACUGGACAUGGAGAUACAGCAAUAGUGAAUAGGGUAAGGAAAAUGCUCGCAGAGCAGAAAGAAACUGCCAUGUCUCGUGAGAAGAUUGUCAAGGUCCUGGAAGAGCUCCAGGCCCAAGCUGAAGUAGCGUUAUGUUUUGUUGGUGUGAAGAACUGAGGACAUGCCAGAUAGAGAAGGGUCUUUGAUUUUUGACCUGUAAUCUGUUGGUGUUUGCUCUUGUAUCAAGCUUUUCACAAUUUUGGUUGAAAAAAAGUUAGUGAGCAUUAAUAGUGUCAUCACUCAUUGAAUAGUAAGGAAAUUGUGUAAAAUUAUUAAUUUAUUUCUUGAAUGAUCUAGCUCGUAAGAUUUAAAGAGAGACAUUUCUAGAUAUCAAAAUGCAUGGAAGAAUUCAUUGAGCUUU